AUGAGGACCCCUUCUCUCGCACGGUUGCCUUACCGUGCCGUCUCUGGCCUGACCAGGUCUUCUGUCCGUCUGCAGUCCCAGAACUUCCUGGCUCGGCGAUGCGCUUCGACGGCUGCUCUCCGUUCACCUACUGUUGCUCCGGCUUAUCAGUCUAUCCUGACCAGCCGCUCCCAACAGAGGAGAAACGCUUCUGCUACUGCCUCUGCUGUGCUUGAGGCUGCCGCUGCCACCCCGGACGCCCUAUCCCAGGAGGCCAUCAUUGAGAACCUUGACCCCGUUGAAGCAGCGCGUCUGUCCAAAGUCCGGAACAUCGGUAUUGCUGCACACAUCGACAGUGGUAAGACCACAUGUACCGAGCGAGUCCUCUUCUAUACCGGACGUAUCAAGGCAAUUCAUGAAGUCCGUGGUCGUGAUGCUGUUGGUGCGAAGAUGGACUCCAUGGACUUGGAGCGUGAAAAGGGUAUCACCAUUCAGUCCGCUGCUACUUUCUGUGACUGGGUGAAGAAGGACGCGGAGGGCAAGGAUCAGAAAUACCACCUUAACUUGAUCGAUACCCCGGGACACAUUGACUUUACCAUCGAAGUCGAGAGAGCGCUGCGCGUUCUGGACGGAGCUGUCAUGAUCCUGUGCGCCGUUUCUGGUGUCCAGUCCCAGACUAUUACGGUCGACCGGCAAAUGAGACGUUACAACGUUCCUAGAAUCUCUUUCGUCAACAAGAUGGACCGUAUGGGUGCCAACCCUUUCAAGGCUGUCGAUCAGAUCAACAGCAAGCUCAAGAUCCCCGCUGCUGCUGUUCAAGUGCCCAUCGGUGCGGAGGACGAAUUCGAGGGUGUCGUCGAUUUACUUCGCAUGAAGGCGUUGUACAACCGUGGACAGAGUGGUGAGGAAAUCGUCGAGAAAGACGAGAUCCCCGAAAAGGUCAAGGAUCUGGUGGAAGAGAGAAGGCGGAUGCUCAUCGAGACCCUCGCCGACGUCGAUGACGAGAUCGCCGAACUCUUCCUCAGCGAGAUCGAGCCUACUGAGCAGCAGCUGAGACAAGCCAUUCGCCGGGCGACCAUCGGUCUGAAGUUCACCCCUGUUUUCAUGGGAUCCGCACUGGCAAACAAGUCCGUUCAGCCGAUGCUGGAUGGUGUUAUUGACUACCUUCCCAACCCCGCUGAAGUGCAGAACCUUGCCCUCGACAAGAAGCGCGAUGAGGCUUCCGUGAAGCUGGUUCCCUACAACUCUCUGCCCAUGGUCGGUCUUGCUUUCAAGUUGGAAGAGAGCAACUUCGGUCAGUUGACCUAUAUCCGCGUGUACCAAGGUACUCUCCGCAAGGGCUCCUUCGUCUACAAUGCCCGCAACGACAAGAAGGUCAAGAUCCCUCGUAUUGUUCGGAUGCACUCCAAUGAGAUGGAGGAAGUUAGUGAGGUCGGAGCUGGUGAGAUCUGCGCCGUGUUCGGUGUGGACUGUGCUUCCGGUGACACCUUCACUGAUGGACAGCUGGGAUACACCAUGUCCUCUAUGUUCGUCCCCGAACCCGUUAUCUCCCUGUCUAUCAAGCCUAAGAACAACAAGGAUGGUGCCAACUUCUCGAAGGCUAUGGCCCGUUUCCAGCGUGAAGAUCCAACGUUCCGGGUGACCUUUGACGCGGAGAGUGAGCAAACCCUCAUCUCUGGAAUGGGUGAACUGCACCUUGAAAUUUACAUCGAGCGCAUGCGUCGUGAGUACCGCGUCGACUGCGAGACUGGCCCGCCUCAGGUCGCCUACCGUGAGACCAUUGGCGAACGUGUCGAGUUCGACCACCUGCUGAAGAAGCAGUCGGGUGGUCCUGGUGACUAUGCCCGUGUCGUUGGUUGGAUGGAGCCGACAGGAAGCCUUACCGAGAACCACUUCGAGGAGCAGAUUGUGGGAGGAAGUAUCUCCGAGAAGUUCCUCUUCGCUUGUGAGAAGGGUUUCUACAGCUCUUGUGAAAAGGGUCCUCUUGUUGGACACAAGGUCCUUGGUACUAGAAUGGUGAUCAACGAUGGUGCUACUCACAUGACCGAUUCGUCCGAAAUGGCCUUCAAGAUCGCGACCCAGCAGGCUUUCCGCAAGGCUUUCAAGGAGAGCAAGCCAUCUAUUCUUGAGCCCAUCAUGAAGACUGUUGUGACCGCCCCCGCUGAGUUCCAGGGUGAUGUUAUUGCCCUCUUGAACAAGCGUAAUGCUACGAUCAACGACUCCGAGGUCGGCGUGGACGAGUUCACUGUGUAUGCCGACUGCAGUUUGAACGGCAUGUUCGGCAUCAGUUCGCAGCUGCGUGCGGCUACCCAGGGUAAGGGUGAAUACACUAUGGAGUUCAGCCACUAUGAGAAGGCGCCUCCUCACCUACAGAAGGAGCUCAUUGCGAAAUACCUGAAGGCUCAGGCUGACAGGCACAAGAAAUAA